AUUAUUUAAAGUGCUGAUUGCUUGCAAGCAAGAAACUGGGAGAGAGAAAAAGGAGAACCUUCUUUUCUCUCUGUUUUGUCGUAUAUUUCAGACCUAGAAACCCAACACACCGAUUCUGAAUUCAAUUGCUUGUAAUAGAAAAACACACGAAAAUGGUGUCGGCGAACAAGGAGAUGGUCGUGUUCUGCUUCGACACCCUCGUCGCUCACUACAACAGCGAAGAGGCUCCUCCUCCUGCCUUCGAUCAGGCUCAACACCCAUUGUUUGUUACAUGGAAGAAAGUGGUGAAUGGCGGAGAUCCUCGUCUUCGGGGAUGCAUUGGAACUCUGGAAGCACGGAGCUUGAUCAAUGGUCUCAAAGAUUAUGCACUGACCAGUGCCCUCAGGGACCGAAGAUUUCCACCCAUACAGGCUAACGAGUUGCCGUUUUUGGAGUGUACAGUGUCUAUUCUUGCUAACUAUGAAACUGCUAACAAUUACCUUGAUUGGGAGAUAGAAAAGCAUGGUAUAAUUAUUGAAUUUUCUGAUCCUGUCUAUAAAACAAGGCGGAGUGCCACAUACCUGCCUGAAGUUGCUGCCAAUGAAGGUUGGACAAAAAUAGAGGCCAUUGAUUCUUUGAUACGUAAAGCAGGGUACAAUGGUCAAAUAACUGAUGAACUUAGGAUGCAAUUACAGCUAACCAGAUACCAAAGCACCUUAUUUACCAUGCACUAUAGUGAAUACGUCUCAUAUGUGAAGGAGAGAAGAGGUGAAGCUCCUAUUCUUGCAGCUAAAUCACCCAACUAUUGAAUUCUGCGGCCAACCUUUCUUAAAAGGCUGCAUAAUUUCUUUGCUAAAAGAAAGAAUUCUAUUUCCAAAUGAAUUAAAAAAAAAAAAAAUCCACUUGCUUGGGGUUGGAACUAAUUUGUUUUUCUAACCCGAACUACUGAAGUGAUUGGUGCAACUUUCUGCUCUCAAACUUGUAAUUGAAGAAACUACGAACAUUGAACUCAGGUCUUGGGAUUGUUGUCUAUCAUUCAAUUCAACAGUUUAUGAAAACUAUUGCACUAUUGAACUGAUUUAUGUCAGUCUUGUUGACAACAGGAAUUUCAAUAUCCCCAAUGUCAAAAAAUAUUUCUAUUUGAUUUC